GUAGAACGCCAGUGAGUGGAGGCGCGCGCAGAACUUUUGAAAAGAAUUGUUGAUUCUGGCACGUGAGCGUUCUAAAAAAGUUCGUUAUUUUUCUGUAACGGUUGUUUUCUCUGAGGGACAGAAUGGCUGCGGUUAGACUGGCUUUCUGAGCGGAGGCUCGUAAAGAAAAGAAACGGACCUAAAAAAGAAAAAAGUGAGUCCGCAUCGCAGAGUCCAGCCUUCGCCUACCGUUCUAUGAAAAUCUCGGUCUUUCUGCUGGUGUGGAGCACCGUGGCCUCAGAGCGCGGGCGUGUUUGUACGCCAUGGCCGCCCAUCUGGUCUCUCCGAGCAGCUACUCUCUCCCUCAGCCGGAGCUGGGCUCCAACAGCGAGCGGAGCGCUGACUCUCCGCUGCCCGCCUCCGAGGACGACUCCAGCGGCCACGUCUCCCCGCCAGACCCGUCCUGGACGGAGGAGAGGUUUCGGGUGGACCGCAAGAAGCUGGAAACCAUGUUACUCGCAGCCAGUGAAGGGAGAGUAAGUGGAGGAGAAGAUUUCUUUCAGAAGGUCAUGGAUGAAACGAGCACUCAGAUUGCCUGGCCCUCCAAACUGAAGAUCGGAGCCAAGUCCAAAAAAGAUCCUCACAUCAAGGUCAGUGGGAGGAGGGAAGAUGUGAGAGAAGCCAAAGAGAGAAUUCUGUCCGUCCUCGACACAAAGAGUAACCGUGUGACCCUGAAGAUGGACGUGUCGCACACAGAGCACUCUCACGUGAUCGGGAAGGGAGGGAAUAACAUUAAACGCGUGAUGGAGGAGACAGGCUGCCACAUCCACUUCCCUGACUCCAACAGGAACAGCCAGGGCGAGAAGAGCAAUCAGGUAUCUAUAGCAGGGCAGCCAGCAGGGGUGGAGGGUGCAAGAGCUAAAAUACGGGAGUUGUUGCCGUUGGCUCUGAUGUUUGAGUGCAGUGGUCUACUGGAGCCUCUGGACUGUAACUCUCCGAUCGUCCAGCACAUCUCUCAGUCCUGCAACGUCUCUAUUGCCUGCAAACCGCCCUCACAUCUCUAUGGCAACACUGCCGUCGUCCGUGGCAACCAGAGCAACGCUGCUGCAGUCAAGCGUGGUACUGCGUUGCUCUUGGACCACCUGGCUGGUUCGAUGGCUGGAUCUGUUUUGGUCAGCACUCAGCUGGACAUCGCGCCGCAGCACCACCUGGCCCUGUUGGGGCGAAACGGAGCCAACCUCAAACACAUCACCCAGCGCACUGGCGCCCACAUCCACUUCCCCGACCCCAACACGCACUCUCACACACAGGGCCACGCGCGCCGCUCCACCGUCUACAUACAGGGCAGCGUGGAAGCCGUGUGUGACGCCCGACAGCAGCUCAUGGGCUGCCUGCCGCUGGUUUUAAUGUUCGAUAUUAAGGAGGAGGUGGAGGUAGAGACGCAGUGCAUCACAACUCUCAUGGAGCAGCUCGACGUCUUCAUCAGCAUUAAACCCAAACCCAAACAACCCAGCAAGUCUGUGAUUGUGAAGAGUGUUGAGAGGAAUGCUGAAAACAUGUAUGAGGCUCGCAGGCUGCUGCUGGCUUUGGAAAGUGGCUGUGGAGCCUCUCCUGGUACUCCUGUUUCCAUCAGUACCCCUGUUUGUCCCGUUUCUUCUGGAGCUCCUUUUACUCCUGGUACCAGCAGUGUCCCGGUUAAUGGCCACAGCUCCUCUUCCCCGCUCCUCAGCCCCGUGGGACUGGAUAUCUUGGCCUCAGCUGGACUGGGGCUAAGCACCCUAGGUCUUUUGGGUUCCUCAGGCAUUUCCACUCAUAAUGGCUCCUCCAGCCCAAACCCAGUUCUUUCUGGACACAGUUCAGCCCUUAACUUACCUAACGGAGCUACCAGCACGCUACAGAACAGCAAUCACACACACUCAAACACACCUAUACACACACAUACUCUCACACCAUUAAACAGCCCUUCCCUCUGGACCAGUGCUCUUAGUACAGCAGACAACACUGCAGGGUUCUCCUCUGUUCUGAUGCUGCAGUCUGUCUCUCAGGGAUCUCUCAGUAGUCUGCUGCUGUCUGGAGUCCACAGUUACAGUCACAGUUCUACACACAAUCACACACAUUCGCCUACACACGUUCAUACACACACACCCUCCCCUCCGCCAGGACUCGCACCUAUACACAAACCAGUGACCACAGAGCAGCUUAAAACACACAUCCCAGGGUCUGUGUACAGAGGGAUUUCAUCAGUUUCUCUUACUGAAUCUAUGCUUGGCUCCACCCACUGUGACCCGGUCCAGGAAGUUAACGGACACAACCAAUCAGAAGCUCUCUCCAGCAAAUCCCGCUCAGAUGAAGGCUCAGAUACGUUUGUUGAAGUGGGCAUGCCCAGAAGCCCAUCUCAUUCAGCCAAUGGCAGGGACCUAAAGCAGAUGUUGGCAUCGUCAGGGAAACGGCAAACUGUGGAGCUGCUACAAGACACCAAGAAUUCCCAUCUUCAUUCAGAGUGCUUGCUGUCUGAUUCUGAAGCUGAUGCUGUAGCUGAUAAGAGAGCCCCAGGCAGUGAGAGAGCGGCAGAAAGGAACAGGCUAGCACCUCAUAUACAGGCCUACGACUAUGAGCAGAAGAAGCUACUCGCUACUAAAGCCAUGCUGAAAAAGCCAGUGGUGACGGAGGUGCGGACCCCCACCAACACCUGGAGUGGACUGGGCUUCUCCAAGUCUAUGCCUGCAGAGAGCAUCAAGCAGCUACGCAGAGCCAGUCAUGCAGCUUAUAAACCUGCGGUCAGAACUACGUACGAGGGUCCUCCUCUUUCUUGUGCGGGUGGUGGGGAGGUGCUGAGUAAUGGCAGCGGGGAGAGCUGGAGAGAGAGAAACGGAAGUGCUAUCGUCAACGGUAACGGAGCAGCAAACGAGUUCCCCUCUGCCAUCAGUCCUCCAGAGAGGAGCAAGAGCAGGACUGCUGUAGAUCAGUAUUUGAGCAGCAGUAACUAUAUGGACUGUAUCUCCUCCAUGGCUGGCAGUAAGGGCUGCUCUCUGAGCUCCUCUCUGAAAGGGACAGACCUGCCAGAGCUCUUCAGCACUCUGGGACUGGGCAAAUACACCGACGUCUUCCAGCAGCAGGAGAUUGAUUUACAGACAUUUGUCACGCUGACGGAUCCAGAUCUAAAGGAACUGGGAAUCUCAACAUUUGGAGCUCGCAGGAAAAUGCUGCUGGCCAUCUCAGAGCUGAAUAAGAGCCGAUGGAAACUCUUUGAGCCAACAAACAUCCACUCCUCCUUCCUGGAAGGCGGCGCGAGUGGACGUCUCUCACACCAGUUCCACACUGACAUGGCGAGCAUAAGUGGACGCUGGUGAGCUCCAACCCUCGGGACCCUGCGACAAAAAUGACCUACUGACAGUGCCUCUGCCUGGGCUGCACACGCCCCACCCCCCCAUAAGCCUGGUGCUUCUGAGUAUGUAGAGUGGAUACUACAGAAAUAUAGUAUUAAUUUAUAUGCACCAAAAUGGCAGCAAGUUAACAAAGCAUUUCACAAGUGCCAAAAAAGGAGAAUCUCCUUAGACAUAUGAAGGGUCCAAAGAUAAUGAUGCUGCUACUUUAUCAGUCGUGUCAAGAGUUAAACGUUUGUAAAAUCAUGAAUAUUUGAUGCAGUAUUAAGUGAAAGGGUGCAGUUGUGGAUGUAAAGUCUUGUGCGUUUACCAUGAAGGAGCAGGAAAAAGCAGAGGUAAAAAAAAAAAAACAUCAUUAUCUUUGGUACUCUUGCUGUUUCUGGCAAGUAUCAGCAUAAAGCACUUUAAGACAGCUUUUACCUGUGGUUCUUUCAAGAGCGGUCAAUGCAGUUUGCAUGUGUUGAUGUGAUUCCAUAGCACUUACUGACCUUAAGUGUCUGGGCAGAGUUCAGAGUUCAUGCCUGAGAUCAGUUGAAUGGUCAUAUUCAUGUUCUUCAAAGUGCUCUGCAGGCAGUGGUUAGUGUUGUAAGGCUGCACUUAUUCCAGAUAUUUUAAAAGCUUAUUUUAGUAUUAACAGUUUAGUUUUAUGUUUGCCUUAAGAAGCAUUAUGAGUUUACAUUUUGUUUGCCACUUAUUUUACAUUCCGCUAUGAGUUUAUCAGAUGGUAGCCCAUUUUGUCAAAGGUUUGGUUUAUGGCCUGAGAAUUACCAGUAUAAAGUGUAGAAUUUCUGCACUUUACUGUAGGCCAGUGUUCAUAAGGCUGCAUGACUCCUGCACAGGCACUUCAUGACAGCUAAUAUGCACCUAUGAAAACCUCAUUUAUUAAGUGCCAUUGAGCGUAAAGGUUGUAUUUGCCAACUUUAAUAUCAA